CUGGUCGCCAGUCAAUCGCAGGGCACAUAUAGACAAGCAUUCCACACUCACAUUCAUACCAAUGGACAAUUUAGACUCGCCGAUUAUAUUGUGGUAGUAUAAAAUAAUACUGCUUAAUAUCAAUGAACGUCUUUUCCUUCCGUGGAGCUGGUCGGAGCCAUUUUGCUGUCGGACGCGCUUUCGGAAGUUGUCGGGCGACAGUACCGCUACCUCAUCCGCUGCGAUGACUUUCGAGUGGCCCUGGCAGUACAAUUUCCCACCUUUUUUUACGCUUCAACCCAAUGUGGACACGAGACAGAAGCAGCUGGCGGCGUGGUGCUCCCUGGCGCUGUCCUACUGCCGCCAUCACAAGCUCUACACGCUGGACGUGAUGGAAGCGCAGGAAAGCCCCGUGUUCCACAACCGCAAGAUAGAACGAAAACUGUCCAUGGAAGCGAUUCAAGUUGUGUUUGAGGAGCUGAGGAAAAAAGGGAACCUGGAGUGGUUGGACAAGAGCAAGUCCAGGUGUUUGGUGAUGUGGAGGCGGCCUGAGGAGUGGGGCAAGCUCAUGUACCAGUGGGUGUCCAAAAACGGGAUGAUCAACUCGGUGUUUACGCUUUACGAGCUGUCCAACGGCGACGACACAGAGGGCGAAGAGUUCCACGGCCUGGAGGAGUGGAUGCUGCUGCGGUCGCUGCAGGCCCUGCAGACAGAAGGCAAGGCUGAGAUCAUCAGCAUGGAUGACGGCAAAGGAGUGAAAUUCUUCUGAAGCCGUGCCGGCGUCGCUGGAUCCUGAGAUUAAAAACGUUUUACGGCCAUGCGCGCCGGCGCUCGGUGGCUGGGAUGCUGCUCCUGAUACUGUUGUUGCUGCCUGGUGCUGGGUCCAAGUCUUUUUUUUUUUAUUUUUUUUUAACGAAAGGGAGACAUUUUUUCGGUAUAAAAGAUGCUAUCAUGUCGGCUGUCCCUUUUAUUCUUAUGACCAUGUAAACUUUCAGCAAGGCAGACAAACCCAGCAAAGAAAUCCCACCACCGACCACCAGGGGGCGUAAAUCACACUGACACUUGGACCGCCACUACUGGCUCAGCUCAGCCCAGUUUAUUAUCAAUAAUAAUAAUAAUAGUGGACCUUUUAUUGUGCAGUCGCUACGGUGACACCCAUGUCCACAGUCAACCAGCCCCCACCCCUCAUAUCAUGUUUGAAAAUAAAAAGACUUUUGAUAAAUUGUCAUGCCUGCGUGUGUGGAGAAUGUUUCCUGCACUCCCAGGCGGCCAAAACAUGAGGUACCACAUGAGAUUCAAUGCAAAAAUUAUUCUUUUUCCAAGAUGUGAAUGCCCAUUUCACAAUAUUUUGCACACUGACAGCUGUUUCUAAUAUUUUGACCCUCUCACAUUAAGGUCGCCAGCAUACUGGUAAUAUCAGAUGAAUAUCUCAAUCCGAAGCGAGCAUUGUUGUCUAUGGGUCCCAUUACA